AUGCUGCGCGUCCACCACAAUGCGCUGCUCCGCGCCGUCUCAGCGCUGCCCGUGUGCCUCGUCACGGCCAUUAUCAGUCUCGAGUACGCUGUCUUUAUGACUGCGCAUUGGCUCCUCGAGCUGAGGCGGUCAGUGGGGCUGUUCGUGCUCCUGCGCGUGGCAGAGGGUCUCGUGUUCCACUUUGUCGUCGGGUGUACGCUCGUGGCGUACUACAAAGUCGUGUUCACAGACCCUGGAUACGUCACGCCGGCUGUCGUGCAGCGCGCGCAAACGGCGUUGCAGGAGGCCAUGGAACAAGGCAGUUGCACGAGUCUGCCGGUGAUGAGCUCGUGCCAUCGAUGCCAGCAGCUGAAGCCGUUUCGAGCACAUCACUGCAGCUUUUGCAAUCGCUGUGUGCUGAGAAUGGAUCAUCACUGUCCGUGGGUCGCCAAUUGCAUCGGUGAGGGCAAUUACAAGUUCUUCUUCCAUUUUGUCGUGUACGCCUUCGUUGCGCUGUCCAUGUGCGCGCGAGCGCUGGCGGGGCCAUUCCUGACGGCACUUUAUAGCAGAGACGGGCGACGCAGCGAUGCCGGUGCCAACUUGUCUGCACCGGUCGUUGUGGGGUUUAUCCUGAGCGGCGCCCUGGCAAUCAGUUUGCUGGGUUUCAUCGUCGUCCACUCGUACCUCUUGGUCCACGGCGCAACAACGAUCGAGUGUCACCAGUACGGCCGUGCGUUUCCAUUCAAUCAGGGAUGGUGGAAGAACCUCGAGGUCGUGCUCGGCGAGACAACCACAGACCGCCUGCUCCCGACGACGCCAAGCCCGAAACAGCAGUACGUCUUGCACCCUGCCGAGCUCGAGCACCUUGCUGCUGACAGCUGCUUCGACGACUCGAGUGACCAAGAAGACGACAGUUUGUUGUAG